AUGAAGUUAUAUAAACAAUCAAUUGUCUUGUGCCAGUGCUGUGAUCUCCUUGUGUUUGUCAUCGGUGGAUUUUUCGGCAUCAUCGCUGGAGGAUACCCUGCACCAAGCAGAACACACAGAGGAAAGUGGCUGGGAUCAUUAAAGAUCGCCAAUUCCAGGUUUGUUGGUCGAAGAGGAUGCCCGAGCCGAGUCCAUUGCGACAACGCGACGAACUUCGUCGGAGCAAGUCGCCAUCUGGAGGAGCUAAGGAAGCGAGUCGAGGCCGAGGAGAACGCAGUUCGCGACUUCGCAUUAAGAAGCGGAUGCGAAUUUGCGUUCAUACCGCCGAGGGCUCCUCACUUCGGAGGGCUAUGGGAGGCAGGUGUGAAGUCUGCAAAGCACCUACUCCUACGGACGGUGGGCAACGCCCUGCUCACGGCCGAGGAGCUGCAGACAGUGGUCGUGGCGGUCGAGGCGGUGCUCAACUCCCGCCCGCUAGGAGCCGUAAGCAACGACCCCAACGACGGCGAGGCACUAACCCCAGGGCAUCUACUGGUGGGCGGACCACUGGUGGCACCGGCAGCAUCGCGGACCCCGGACCAGGAGGGUCUGAGUUGCUUAAGGCGAUGGCGAGCUGUCUCGUCGCUCAAGCGAGCGUUCUGGCAGCGAUGGUCCCGGGAGUAUGUGCUGGGCCUGCAGGCACGGGCCAAGUGGGACCGGUUGCAGCCAAAUCUGCGAAUCGGAGAGCUCGUCGUCGUCGCAGAGGACAAUCAGCCGCCGAUGCAGUGGAUGGUGGGGCGAGUCGUGGCGGUGUACCCAGGAGCGGACGGGGCGGUGCGCGUCGCAGACGUGCGAACUAGCUCAGGAGGGCUAUACAAACGGCUAGUAAACAAAUUGGCGCCUCUGCCAAUCGUAUGAAGGCACAGCCGUUCAUCGGGGCCGGUGUUGGCGCAUUUGAGUAACAAUAAUUAAGAGCAAGAAGUAGUAAAUGAAGUAUCAUGAAGUUGUUAGAAUUAGGGCGAAGCGAGAGCGCAAUAAAGCUUUCGUUUGUUGCUCUCUGAGCGAAUUCGCCUCGCUUCGCCACUCUAGUUAAGUUAGGCUUAAUGUAACUUAGCAUAGAAUCAUAAACACAGUUGAAAGUGAGAACUCUACAGCGCGUCAUCAUUUACUCCGUUUUCGUUUUCGUCGUCUACAACAACAAUUAGGUCCAGUCUUUGUGUUCGCGAAUAAAGCGGAAUUAUA